CUGGUUCAGGUCCAGGUUUUGCUUUGAUCCUCGGCACAAGCUGGAGACGCAGAAGAGGGCCCUCGGAGAAAGUCUUGGAUGGGAGUAUGUGGAAAGUGCCCCGCGAGGCUCGGCGGCCAGAGCAGGCGCGGCGCGUCCCGCCCGGCGCGGCCCUCCCCCGGCGGCGCUGAUCCCGGCCCGGAGCCCCGCUCCCCAAGUGCCCGCCGACCGCGCGCCCGCCCGCUCAGCCCAAUGCUCCUCUUCGGGCUCCUCCUGCUGACAUCCGCCCUAGCCGGCCAGAGACCCGGGACCCGGGCUGAGUCCAACCUGAGCAGCAAACUCCAGCUCGGCAGCAACAAGGAGCAGAACGGUGUGCAAGAUCCCCAGCAUGAGAGAAUUAUCACUGUGUCUACUAAUGGAAGUAUUCACAGCCCAAGGUUUCCUCAUACUUAUCCAAGAAAUAUGGACUUGGUAUGGAGAUUAGUAGCAGUAGAAGAAAAUGUGUGGAUACAGCUCACAUUUGAUGAGAGAUUUGGGCUUGAAGACCCAGAAGAUGACAUAUGCAAGUAUGAUUUUGUAGAGGUUGAAGAACCAAGUGAUGGAACCAUUUUAGGGCGCUGGUGUGGGUCUGGCAGUGUGCCAGGAAAGCAGAUUUCUAAAGGAAAUCAAAUCAGGAUCAGAUUUGUAUCUGAUGAGUAUUUUCCCUCGGAGCCCGGGUUCUGCAUCCACUACAACAUUGUCAUGCCACUCACAGAAACUGUGAGUCCGUCCUCGCUGCCCGCCUCAGCCUUGCCACUGGACCUCCUGAAUAACGCUGUCACUGCCUUUAGCACCUUGGAAGACCUCAUUCGGUAUCUUGAACCAGACAGAUGGCAAUUAGACUUAGAAGAUCUCUACAGGCCCACUUCUUUGCAACUGCUGGGCAAGAAUUUCAUGUUUGGAAGAAAAUCCAGAGUGGUGGACCUGAACCUGCUCAAGGAGGAGGUGCGGCUCUACAGCUGCACGCCCCGCAACUUCUCUGUGUCUGUCCGGGAGGAGCUGAAGAGGACCGACACCAUCUUCUGGCCUGGCUGCCUCCUGGUGAAGCGCUGUGGCGGGAACUGCGCGUGCUGCCUGCAGACCUGCAGCGAGUGUCAGUGUGUCCCCAGCAAGGUCACCAAGAAGUAUCACGAGGUCCUUCAGUUGAGACCCAAGACAGGCGUCCGGGGGCUGCAUAAGUCACUCACGGACGUGGCCCUCGAGCACCAUGAGGAGUGUGACUGCGUGUGCAGGGGGAACCCUGGGGGAUAAUGCCUCACGGUGGCUCAGGGCUGCCUCUGCGAUGGAACUUGUGCCUUAUCUCCUUCCACAGUCCCGGCUGUUGGCUCCAGGGCCCUUUCAUCUUCAGGAUUUACAGCGUGUUCUGAGAGAGGAGACACCGGGCAGAAUUAGGGGUUGUGCAACGGCUGUUUGGAGAUGAGGCCCCACGACAAGAGGAACGUCCUUGCCGGGAAAAGGAAUGAACCUUGUAGAUUUCUAGUUAGUUGCAAAGUCCCUAUGAGCACCCUCGGCUGCAUUGUGUCUCUUGUCUGGAUGUGGCCUAGGUUCAUGUCAGCACAGGAAACACUACCUGUGAGCCCCUGGUUCUGUCGCCUUGCUUAACUCUAAGCCCCGUGCUCUGGGGCUAAAAUCACAGAAAUCUCGGAUUGUUUCUUCUAGUCACAUGUAUAAGAGUGUUCUAAGUUCUACCAACAUGGGUUUUAAAAAGGAACUGUGUUGCCAUGAAUUAAACUUGUCAUGCUGAUAGGAGAGACUGGAUAUUCCAUAUUUCUUAAUCAGAUUUCUACCAUUUAGAAGAGACCUCCAUGCAUGGUUUGGAACAGACAAACCUGAGAAGAGUGGCCUUAUCUUCACUUUAUAAGUUGGUUUAUUUGUUUUAUUGUGUACAUUUUUUAUAGUCUCCUUUUGACAUUAUAACUGUUUGCUUUUCUAAUCUUGUUAAAUAUAUCUAUUUUUACCAAAGGUAUUUAAUAUUCUUUUUUAUGACAUCCUAGAUCAACUAUUUUUAGCUUGGUAAAAUUUUCUAAACAGAAUUGUUAUAGCCAGAGGGACAAAGAUGAUAUAAAAUAUUGUUGCUCUGACAAAAAUACAUGUAUUUCCUUCUUGUAUGGUGCUAGAGCUUAGAUCAAUCUGCUUUUUCAAAUGUUAAUUGGGAAAUGGAUAGAAUUUGGUAAGUUGCAAAGACUCUUGGAAAAUAAAUAAUCAUGUCUUCAGACUCCUCUUACUGGGAUGCAAGUAAAAAGCAGAAUACCCCCAGAGGCAUCCAGGUCCAGGCGUUACUAACCUCUAACCCUUAUUUAGGGAAAUGUGAGCCCAGCUCAGAAGAUCAUAAAGCACCUUGAGAAUAUGAGACUUGACAACCUCCUGACAAAGCAUGCUCGGCUGUCCUAUAGGAACACAUCCUAUUUAUUGUGAUGUUCUGGUUAGAUUAUCUUUAAACUCUGUUCCAUACACUUGUAUAAAUACAUGAAUAUUUUUAUGUACAGAAGUAUAUCCUUUAAUCAAUUCACCUAUUGUACUCUUUGGCAAUUGAAAAGAAAAUCAGUCAAAUCUUUCGCUUGUACAAUGCUGAAUCUUGUGCCUAGGUUAUGUGGUGACUAUUGGAAUUUAAAUGUAUUGAAUCACCAAAUAAAAGAAUGCAGCUAUUUUGGGGAGAAA